AUGACGUCUACCCACGCCACCCACGCCGCUAGCAGCUGCGCCCCGCCUAUACUUGCCAGCGCCAAUAAUACCCCCAAUAUCAUCCUCGCCAAGAACAACGACGACGACGACGGCGACGACAACAACACCAACAACAACAACAACAACAACAACAACACCAUCAAUAACAAUAACAAUAACAAUAACAAUAACAAUAACAAUAACAAUAACAAUAACAAUAACAACAACAACAACAACAACAACAGAAACGUCAACACCCGCGCGGCACUGACGCUGCUGCUGCGGCCCGCUCGCCUCCGCCUCCCUCUGAUGCCGUGCCAAGUUUCUAGAACGCGGAACCGCCGCCCUCGAGUCCCGCCUAUACACACAAUACACGUACACGCAGCACAAGAUUCGCCAAUGUACGUGUGCAUCGUUGCUUUGUGCUUUGCCACGCUGAACCGCACAAGGUUUACCAUGGUUGCUUCUGGUCGCGCUGUCCAUGAGCGCCCGGCGGUCCGCGCGGUUGGCAUGGGGACGACGCCUGUGCCUGUGCCUGUGCCUGCACCGCCGGCAUCCACCCAAGUCCCCAAGCUGAUGCAGACAUAA